AUGCUCUUCGGCCGUGCUUCGAGCACUCGACGAGAGCCAUCGAUUCGUCCAAAAUUCGGCCGAAUCGACGUCGACGUGACCGAGCUCGAGAAGUCUCGAGUUCGGUCGGGACCACCCAAACCAGCGGUUGCAUUCGGCACAGGCGAGGCCGCGCGGAUCGUCGCGCAGCGCGCGCUGCUCAUGGCGCAGACGCCGUCCGCGGGCUGCAUGAUGGCCGUGCGCGCGAGCGAGAAGGCCUGCUCCGCGGCCAUCGACGCCGUCGCCGCCAAGUGCGGCUCCGUCGUCGCCGUCGCCGCCGUCAACGCGCCCGAGUCGACGGUGCUCUCCGGCGACUACGUCGCGGUGUCGCUCGUCGUCGCGGAGCUCGCGGCCCGCAACGAGGCCCGGGGCGCCGACGCGUCCAAGUCCAAGGCGACGAAGGUCCGCGCGACGCACCCGGACCACUCGCCGCGCAUGCGGCCCGUCGGUGACGCGCUCGCCGCGGCCGCGGACGCGAUCUUCGCCGAGUCCGGUGCCGCGCGCGCGGCCGUCGGCGCGGACCGGGAGGGCGACGUGGGCACGAAGAUCCACGUCGCGUCGUCGGUCACGGGCCGGCUCGCGAGCCGCCGCGAGCUCCGCGCGGGCGCGCACUGGGCGCGGCACGCGACGGGCGCGGUCCGCUUCACCGAGGGCCUCCGCGCGCUCGCCGUCAAGGGCAUCUGCGUCUUCGUCGAGUUCGGCGAGGGCAUGCUCGUGGGCUUCGGCAAGGACACGCUCGCGCGCGGCGGCGGCCCGCCGACCAAGUUCCGGUGGACGCCGUCGCUCGCGGCCGCGGGCGGCGCGGGCGACGACGCGCGCGCGUUCGAGGCCGCGCUCGGCGACGUCAAGGACUGGGCGUCGCCGUCCGGGGGCGCCGCGGCCAAGGGCCAGCCCGGCUUCGUGACGCCGCGGUUCGCCGCGCCGAGCUCGCCGACGAAGCCCCACCGGAAGCCCGGCGGCGCGCGCGCGCCGGCGGACGCGGCCGUCGCGCGCGCGCGGGCCGGCCCGCGGCGCGUGCCCGCGCUCGCGCCCGACGCGCAGCCGCCGUCGACGACCUGCGACGGCGAGGCCCUCGCGCCGGACGCGGCCGUGCUCUGCAAGAUCCAGCCGCCGCCGCACGCGCUCCGGAGCGACCCGGGCAGCCCCAUGACGGAGCCGCACGCGCAGACGCUCACGGUCUGGAUGCCGCGCGACGCGCUGCUCGACAACUUCCUGGCCUACCUCGAGCACGAGUACGGCAUGCGCCUCGACGUCAUCGACGCGCUCGGCGCGGGCGACGCGCACAGGCGCGGCGACGAGCCCGCGGGGCCCCUCGCGACGGACGGCGACUUCGACGCGGCGCUCGGCCUCGCGGCGGACAAGGCCAUGGGCGCGGCCUACUUCCUCGUCCGGGCGAAGCUCGACGGCGCGGGCCGGCCGCUGCCGCCGCGCCACGCCAAGGUCGAGGGCCCCUUCGCGCCGGACAUGGUCGAGGGCAAAGAGAAGAUCGACGAGGAGCGGCGCGCCGCGUCCGCGGCCUACGACGCGCCCGGCGGCCUCAUCCCCCGGGGCUUCGUCGAGGAGCGCAUGUCCGCGGAGGCCGUCGCCGGCGACGCGCGCCGCGCGAAAAAGGCCGCGGCGGACGCGGCCUUCUGGGCCACGGCCUCCGACGAGGCCAAGGCCAAGCGGCGCGACGCCGACGCGAAGCGCUGGCACGACCUCCUGCCCGAGGCGGGCCGCGAGGACCUCAUGCCGGGCUUCGACGACAUGGUCGACGAGGACACGGGCGUGCUCACGGAGCUCAUCGGCGCCUACGACCCCAAGGUCGGCCGCAAGGUCUUCAAGCACGGCUACCAGUGCGCGGAGUCGGAGCCCUUCCCCGCGCUCGAGGACGGCGCCGCGGCGGCCCUCGAGGGCGACGCCGCGGAGGCCUUCGCCGCGCGCCGCGAGCUCCUCGCGAUCAUCCCGCCGCCGUCGCGGCUCCCCGAGCACGAGUUCCCCGCGGACUCCAUGGGCGGCCGCUGCCUCGACGCCUGGCGCUACCGCUGGGGCCAGCGCAUCGGCGACGCGUGGCUCUUCGUGCCCCUGCCGCCGGGCGCGACCGUCGCGGACGUCGACGUCGCCUUCGGCACCUUCAAGCUCGGCGUCUCGCUCUGCGGCGUGCCCCUCUACGACGGGCCCCUCUGGAACUGCGACGAGACGCGCGGCGUCGACGUCGACACGGCCGCGUGGGUCGUCGUGCUCCACGAGGGCCAGCCCGUCCUCCAGGUCGAGCUCCACAAGAAGAAGAACUACUGUUCAGUUCGUCUUGCCGAACGCGACGUAGUCGUACGCGCCGAGGCGCCGCCGCGCGACGACGCCGAAACCGCGCGCGUCGACGACGCCCGCGGCCGCGACCUCCGCGGCGGCGUCGAGCGCCGUCCGCUGGGCCGCCCAGCGCGCCGCGCGCGCGUCGUCGGGCUCGGACCCGCGCAGCAGCUUGUCGUACGCGGCGUCGAGCGCGAGCACCGCGCCCCGCGGCAGCGGCGGCGGCGGCGGCGCGGGGCCGCGUUCCGCGUCGGCGGCGAUGCAGCCCCGGCAGCCGCUCGGCCGCCAGCGGCACUUGCCGCAGCCGUGGAAGGCCGGCCGCCGCGAGCCGACCUCGUCCCGGGGCCGCCAGCGCGAGCCCGAGGGCCAGAUCGGCGCGGGCGUCUUCAACACGAUGUGGGAGGCGAACCUGACGCACCUCCUCGACGCGGGCUCGCUGACGCACGUCGUCGACGACACCGUCGCGUCGCCCUUCGGGGACCGCCUCGUGCGGUCCGUCGCGUACACGCCGAACCCAGCGCAGGACAAAAGUGA